GAAAAAUUUUAUUUGGAUAAUAGAUGAACGAAAACAACGCGCGGAGACCUAUUUGCAACGUUUAUUCCAUCGAAUGGUCGCGAGGACAAAUUUUGAAACGUACAUUUAUUCUCGAAACUGUAAAUAAUAAAGUUCUGAUCGGCGGCUAUCGGUGGCGAAUAUUUUUUCAACGAAAAUCGAGCGUAUUUCGUAGCGAAUUAUCGGCCACGAUUAAACCGUGAUCGUGAAUUUCGAUUAACGUUUCAUCGAGCCCGAUAUCUUAAGGAACAAUAAUCUCUGGAAGCAAAGAUCAUUGGAAAUAUUUACGGACGGUUCGAUUACCAAAGAACCAUUGCGUUUUUACAGAGAAACGUGUUAUGUUUGCUUGAAAAUCAACGCGUUCCAAUCGUGACGACGUUCUCGUUGUAUCUAAUCGGCAAACGAUUCGCCCACCUCGACGGCGAGUCUGUUUCCCGAAAAAAAAGUAUCUCAGCCACGGUUAGACAAUGACGACGCAUCGACGCGUAACGUCGUCGCAUACACGACACCGGGACGUUAUCGGGUUUAUCGAAAUUUCUUUCGUUACGCAUCGUCGAUACACCGACUGGUAAACAGCAGACGAACGUUGUGGUUGCCCGCGAACGAACGCUGAUAGAGACUGCAUCAUCCAUUCGCGAAUGAUCCUCCGCGUUUCGCGACGCGAGUGCUCCUGCUGCGUUCGCCAAAGUCGACCACCGUCGAUUUUCGGACCCUUUCGCGACGCCAAGGACUCCCCUCAGACCCACUGCGACUGCAUCGAACCUGGCUGAGCUGGAAAAAGGUAAAAAAGAAACACCGAUCCGUCGCGCUGUGGGCCGUUUACUUCGCUAAGAAGACAUUUAUGCCAGUGUUUUGUCAACUGACUGCGAACGCGCGGAAGAUCCACCGUCAAGGAUGAACACGACGGUGCAUUACGCGAUGGUGGCGUUUUGGGAGAAGUCAGGGUGCAAGAUAGUGGCGGAUUAUCCUGCCAAGAAGGACCCAGCCUACAGGGCGAUCGCGCUGAGCACGGUGGACAGUCUGAAGCCGCUAGAGAACGACAAGAUCAGCCUCGAUCGGGGCAAGUACACGGUGCACGUGCUGAUCGGUGAACUUCAUUACGCCUGUCUGACGUAUAAGCCGGAGUGUCCGUCGUUGGCGGCCAAUCUGGAGUCCUGCGUCCACGUAUUCCUGGAAAAAUUGAGAAACGUGUACAGGGAGCUGCCCAUUAUGGCCGACCUCUCGACAGACCUAACGAAUCUCGCCGUCAUCGACCUCUCGAAGCCACUGAAGAAGAUAGUCGAGGAGUACAAUCGACAAGAGUCGAACAUAAUCCCGAGGUUGGAGGGGGAAUUGGCGGAGAUUCGACAGGCGUUGAUGGACGGAGUUCUGAAACUGAUGGACAGGGGCGAGAGGCUGGACGAGCUCGUUCGAAAGACACAGAGCUUGCAAAUCAUGUCACGAAAGGACUUUCACGUGAUGAGGACGUCCAAGAAGAAGAAGAGUAUAAUGGCGGCCAUGGCUGCGGGAGCCCUGAUGUUCCUCUCCGCGACGCUCUUUGUGUUCCUGCUCUACAUAGGGAUUCUAUGAUCGAAGUUUAAAACCUACGCUGCCUGAGAAAUGUACGAGCAAAUAAAUUAUUUAUUGUCUUUUUCGUUGGGUUGCUUAUUUAACUGAAAGUUG